AUGGUGGAAGAGAAGAAACCCGGAAACGAAACACUGGUUAAUCAACAGCUAAAAGAUUUGUUACUACAAGCAUCAGAGCUUGUCCCUAUUGCUUGGGGCAAAGCAAGAACAGUGAAAACUUUCUCCAGCAGGUGGAGAGUGAUCAUAUCAAGAUUAGAGAAGAUACCGACAUGUUUAUCAAACUUGUCUACCCAUCCUUGCUUCUCCAAAAACACCCUCUGCAAAGAGCAGCUUCACGCGGUCUUACAAAACUUGAAAGAAACUAUCCUGCUCGCCACUGUAUGCGUGCAAGAGAAGCAAGAAGGGAAACUGAAGAUGCAGAGUGAUCUCGACUCUCUUUCUGCGAGAAUCGAUCUUAGUUUGAAAGAUUGUGGACUGCUGAUGAAAAGAGACGUUCUCGAAGAAGUUACACAAUCAAUUCAAGACUUGGAAACGUUCAGCGUCAGAGAGCUGCUUGCCCGGCUUCAGAUAGGUCGCUUAGAGUCAAAAAUCAAGGCCCUUGAGCAGCUAGUCGAGGUAAUGAAAGAUGAUGAAAAAGCGGUUAUAACCGCUUUGGUUCGGACCGAUGUCGCGUCUUUGGUGAAGCUUUUGACAGCCACUUCGCUUAGUGCAAGAGAGAACGCUGUGACUGUGAUCUGCUCUUUAGCGGAAUCAAGCCAAUGCGAGAACUGGCUUGUCUCAGAGAACGCAUUGCCACCAUUGAUAAGGCUGCUCGAAUCCGGAAGCCACGUUGCUAAUGAGAAAGCUGUUAUGUCGUUGCAGAGAUUGUCGUUUUCAUCGGAGACAUCGCGUUUGAUUGUUGGACACGGAGGGGUUAGUCCGUUGAUCAAGAUUUGCAAAACAGGGGACUCUGUUUCUCAAGCUGCUUCCGCUUGUACUUUGAAGAACAUUUCCUCUGUUCCUGAAGUAAGACAGAACCUUGCGGAAGAAGGAAUCGUUAAAGUGAUGAUAAACAUGCUUAACUGCGGAGUUCUGAUGGGAUCUAAAGGACACGCAGCCGAGUGUCUUCAGAAUCUCACUUCCAGCAACGAAGCUCUUCGAAGAUUGGUUAUAUCAGAGAAUGGGGUUCAAACUCUGCUCGCUUACUUAGACGGACUUCUCCCUCAAGAACCUGGAGUUGCGGCUAUUAGGAAUCUCGUUGGCUCUGUUUCUGUUGAGACUUACGUCAAGAUCAUCCCAAGUUUAGUCCAUGUUCUUGAAUCAGGAUCAACAGGAGCGAAGCAAGCGGCUGCAUUGACUCUCUACAGGAUGGCUACAUCAAAUGAGACAAAGAGAAUGAUCGGUGAGUCAGAUUGUAUCCCUUUGCUGUUAAGAAUGCUGGAAGCUAAAGAGAAUGGAGCUAGAGAGGUUGCUGCUCAAGCUAUAGCGAGCUUGGUUACUGUUCCAAGGAACUGCAGAGAAGUGGAGAGAGAUGAGAAGAGUGUGAUGAGUCUUGUGUUGCUGCUUGAGCCUAGUCCGAGCAAUUCAGCCAAGAAGUAUGCGGUUUUGGUUUUGGCGGCUCUGUGUUCGAGCAGGAAGUGUAAGAAGCUGAUUGUUUCUGGUGGCGCUGUUGGUUAUCUGAAGAAGUUGUCGGAAGUGGAGGUUCCUGGUUCGAAGAAGCUUCUUGAGAGGAUUGAGAAAGGGAAACUGAAAAGUUUCUUUAGUAGGAAGUAGAGA